GUACUCUAAAAACCACCUUCACCUGUUCUCUCAUUGGCCGUCAGAAUCAUGAACUCCAACGAGCAUAACCCGAUGGAGCACUGGCCCGGGGAAACCAUCUCUGAUGCUCCAACCUACGCCACCAACGGCAAAAUCACGCUACUCACCAUUGAAAUCCUCUUCUCCGUACUCAUCUUUAUGACCUUCUCCUACCUCUACGAUCAAUGGUACGCCACCCGCUCUAGGAGCCACCGCCCUACAAUGUUUUUCUUCGCCGCCACCGAUCCUUCUCAUACCGUUUCACGCGGUCUAGAUCCCGACGUCUUGAAAUCUCUCCCCGUUUUCACUUUCUCCGACGCCGCGACUCACGAGGAUCCGAUUGAAUGCGCCGUUUGUCUCUCCGAGUUCGAGGAGGGCGAGUCAGGUCGGGUUUUGCCCGGGUGUAAACACGCGUUUCAUGUUGAGUGUAUUGAUAUGUGGUUUCACUCUCAUUCAACUUGUCCUCUCUGCCGCUCUCUCGUCGUCGAGGAGCCUCACGCAACAACGAUGACGGUGGAGGAGCAAGUCACGAUCAUGAUCGCGAUUUCUCCUGAACCGCGAUCUGGAUCUUCUGCGAUGCCGCCUUUGGAUGAUUUAGGGAGAGAACCAGCGGCGGUUGAGACCACUAGGAGGAGUUUCAGCGAGUUCGAAGACGGUUUGACAAGGAAUCACUCGCCGAUGAAUCGGAUGUUAUCGUUUACUCAGAUGUUGAGCAGAAAAGGAAGAAGCGCCCCGUCUUCUUUUGCUGGAGCUCCUUCGUCAAGCUGCCAGGUAGUGAUGAACGAGUCGGAUAUUGAGCGGGGAGGAGAAGAUUUUAAACGUGAUUUCCGCCACGUGGAUGUUCCUUAGUGGUCUUGAUUAUUGAAUUAUUAACAGCAAAGUGUGUAAGUUUAUAACUAUAUGAUUUAAAUCAUUUUUUAUUGCUAAGAAAUCUAAAUAGAAUAUAUUUUAAAAAUUAAUUGGAUAAAGGCACAACUGAAUAAGAAUUUAAAAAUUUAUAUUUUUCUCAACAAAUAUUAUUAAAAACAUAAGACUUAAACUAAUAUAAAAAUUAUUUCGAGUUCAUUUGAACAAAAUAACAGCUCGGCACUAUAUCCAAAUCUGAAUCAUCACUCCUUCUCAGAUGAAAAUAAAAACAUUUUAAAAUGAGUUGCUAUCGAUGAUUUCUCGUUAUCAGUUAUAUACAUAACUUGUUAAAGUUUCUUCACAUACAUGGGUACAUUUGACACACUCAGAAUGAGAUUCAUAGUGCUCAACAUGCAACGUCGACUUUCAAGUAUUGAAUCCAACUUUUUACUUCCUUAUACUUAGCAUGAUUAUUCCUAAAGUGAGUUUUAAAGUUUCUUAAAUUUUUUUUUAUCCGAAAAAAAAA